UAAGAGAAAACCUACCACAAUCAUUUCAAGUUUCAAGCGAGUGAUUAAACAUGUAGGAGCUUCAUGUACACACAUAUAUACCAGAUGAGGAAACGGAUAAGAAACCAACAUAGGAAGAAGGAAAAAUGAGUUUCAAGGUAGCAAAAGGUGGUGUCGUGGUUGGGAAAUACGAGCUGGGAAAAACCAUUGGAGAAGGAAGCUUUGCGAAGGUGAAGUUCGCCAGAGAUGUCAACAACGGCAACAACGUUGCCAUCAAAAUCCUCGACCGCAAACAUGUCCUCCGCCACAACAUGAUGGAACAGCUGCAGCGAGAAAUAUCCACCAUGAGACUCAUCGAUCACCCAAAUGUUACUAAAAUAUUUGAGGUGAUGGCGAGCAAAACAAAGAUUUACAUUGUUAUGGAGUUACUUGAUGGAGGAGAGCUAUUUGACAAAAUAGCUGCAAAGGGGAAACUUGAAGAAGAUGAAGCUAGAAAUUAUUUCCAACAACUUAUUAAUGCUGUUGACUACUGCCAUAGUAGAGGCGUGUAUCACAGAGAUUUGAAGCCUGAGAAUCUUCUUCUGGACUCGAAUAGUGUUCUUAAAGUUUCAGAUUUUGGGUUGAGUACAUACACGCAGAAAGAGGAUGAACUGCUCCGCACUGCAUGUGGAACCCCAAAUUAUGUUGCUCCUGAGGUGAUUCAUAAUAAAGGCUAUGUUGGUUCUACAUCUGAUAUUUGGUCUUGCGGAGUCAUUCUCUUUGUACUUAUGGCUGGGUUCAUGCCUUUUGAUGCGCCAACUCAUAUGGCUCUGUUCAAGAAAGUAAGUCAUUUUAGAUUAUUAUUAUUACUAUUAAUAUUUUAUUACCUAUGGCAUGAGAAUUUAUCGUUCUUUAUACAAGUCCUAAUCUAUAAUACUACUACAUUUCAGAUUAUCAAGGCAGAAUUCACUUGUCCAUCAUGGUUUCCACCACAGGCAAAGACACUGCUGAAACGCAUUCUAGACCCAAAUCCUCAAACGAGGAUAAAAAUUCCUGAGCUCUUAAAAGACGAGUGGUUCAAGAAAGGAUACAAGCCAACAUCUUUUACUGAGGAAGAGGACCUAAGCAUGGAUGAUGUAGCCUUCGCUUUCAACGAGUCUAAUAAAAAUCUAGUGACAGAAAGAAAAGUGAAACCCGUCUACAUGAAUGCUUUUGAGCUCAUUUCUAGGUCACAAAGUUUCAAUCUUGACAGUUUGUUCGAGAUGCAAACGGAUGAAGUAAAGCAAGAAACCUGUUUUACUUCACAGUGCCCUGCAAUUGAAAUUAUGCACAAAAUUGAAGAAGCAGCCAAGCCGCUGGGAUUUAAUGUACAAAUCCAAAAUUAUAAGAUGAAGCUGCAAGGUGACCAGAACGGAAGGAAGGGUCACCUUUCAAUGGCUACUGAGGUUUUUGAAGUGGCUCCCUCAGUGCACAUGGUGGAACUUCGAAAGACAGGGGGUGAUACACUUGAGUUUCAUAAGUUCUACAAAAUCUUCUCAUCAGGGUUGCAAGAUAUUUUCUGGCAUACAGAAGAAAAAAAAUGAAGCUUUAAAGUAUCUUGAAAGAGAACGUUUUGAUCAUGUAACAUUUUAUCCACAGCAAGCUCUUGAAUAGGGUCACUGUUUCAAUGAUUUGUUAUGUUCUGUUUCUAGUGCCAUUAUCAUCCUGUGGUUCAUGGAACACCCAGUGAUUUGCAAAAUCUUUGGAAGUGUCUGGUUGGGUGUUGGAUAUGAGAGAAAAAUAGUGUGUAUAUGGUCAAAUGAUGUUGUUUCUUCAGUGUAGAGUAGAAUGUAAAUAGGGAAAAAUUAAUACAAGUAGGCCUUGGAGUGUGUGUAAUACUUGCACUUAGAUUUUAGCUAUCUGUUGUAUUAAACUACUGCACAUAAUUCUAACCAUAAAAGUUUGCAAUAUCUUCUUGACAUUUUUAGUAAUGUUUUUUAAU